UUUAGUUGACAGUUGAUAACCAAAGUUUUUUAUUAACGUAAAAUUUGACCGUCCAUGUAAGAUUUUUAUUAGUCAUACAAUUGCAUUCAAAAAAUGUUUGGGAAGAAGAAACCAGACAGGUCAAAACCUACUCGAAGAGCAGAUCGUAGUGGCAAUUUAUCGCAGUUUGGAUUAUUUGAUGUACCUACUAACUUAUCGGUUGUCGGAAAUAUGGAUGAGGAUAUGCAUUUUAAUGAAACAGAUAGCGAUUUGGAGGCAGAAUUACUUGCUUUGAGUGGUGACAGUGGUUCCUCUUCGUAUGUAAAGAGAUCAAAAGAUGUUACCAAUAUUGACACAACCGAAUCCGAAUCUAAAGAUAAUUCAGCAGAUGAUGAAUCUGUAGAUGAAAAUGAUCCAGAACUACUUAGUGAAUUAAAUGAAAUCACUGGUGUCAGUAAGAAGGUACAAUCAAUUCCAACUCCUUCUGAAUCUGUUUCUGUUACUACUGAUACCCAGAAACUUUUGGAAGCACGUCUAGAAAUGUAUAAAGUUGCAGAGCAAAAUGCAAAAACUGCAGGUGAAACUAGUCGUGCAAGACGCUUUAAUAGAGGAAUAAAACAAUUACAAGACCUUAUUAAGCAAGCUAAACAGGGGAAAACAAUUCCGGAGGAAGAUAUACCUCCUGAAGUAAGCACAAAACCACAUACCCACACAGAUGAUGAUAAUAGCCAGCUCCAACCAAAUAGAACAGCACCUCCACCACCUACAUCAACAGGUACACCUGUGCCUGAUGAUGAACCAUCAAGCCCAGUUUAUGUACCAGUUGAAAGCGAUUCUACUAGUGUAUUAAAACCAGAAAAUGAAGAACUUUUAAAAAUGUUGAAUACCAGAAAAACAGAAUAUAAAAUGGCUGCUCUAAAAGCUAAAAAAUCUGGGGACAAUCAGAAUGCUAUCAGCUACAUAAAAGUGGCAAAGCAAUUUGAAGUAGUUAUUAAGGCUGUUGAAGAAGGCCAGGAAGUAGAUUUGUCUGAAAUGCCAGGACCUCCUGCUCCUGCUGAAACUAUUUUGGAAAAAAAUAAAACCCAAACCGGCAGUGAUAGUCUUGGAGAAAUAAAUGUACCAGAUGAUAUUCCUGAACCUACUCUGCUAUCAGCCAGUUCCCUUUUAGAAGAUUUGCAACAACGGUUAGAAGUAUACCAGAAGCAAGAAGAAAAAGCUAAAGAAGAAGGAAACUCCAGUAAAGUGAGGCGUAUGGGUAGAAUCGUCAAACAAUUUGAGGAUGCAAUUAAGCUACACAAAAAUGGAAAACCAAUCCCAUUGGAUGAAUUACCUACACCUCCUGGUUACGCACCUUUAAAAACAGACGAUGGAGACAGUCCUAAAUCAUCUGAAGCAGCUGCAGCUCCGUCUCCAUCAAAACCUGCACUCCCAGCAAAACCAAAAGGUGAAGAAUCUGGUAGCAAACCAAAACCUAUGCCGGCUGCAAGAAUCUCAGGAAACCGUAAAACAACAACACAAGCAGACAAACAACUGGCUGAGUUAUUAGAAAGGCAGAAGCAGUUUAAACUUGCAGCUUUAAAAGCAAAACAAAAAGGAGAAAUAGCAGAAGCCAAAGAAUUUUUACGUACAGCAAAAGGAUUUGAUCCAUUAAUAGAAGCAGCUGAAGGAGGACUUCCUGUGGAUUUUGCUUCAUUACCACUUCCGCCUACAGAAAAAGCGCAUUUGGAGGACGAAGUUGAGGUUGUUAUGGCUGAGGAAUGUACUGAAGAUGAUCAAGGAACGUUAGAUGUGCUAAAAAGGCUGGAACAGCAACUUGUUAAACAGAUAAAAAUGUGCAUAGAAACAAGAGAUCAUAAUAAGGCAAUUGGGGACGUUGCGGGCGCUAAUCGCUUCGAAAAUUUAGCUUUAAGUGUAAGUAAAGAUUUAGACACCCUUCGACUUGCGAGAAAAACAGCCCUCAACGAAAAAUCACAAGUACCUAAAUUCCAUUAUGAAACUAAGCAUUUUUCUAUCGUGAAAACUUUCACGGAAUUAAACGACAACGAUUUGGAGCUGACAAUAGUUAGGGGAGUGAAUUAUAAUUGCAGUAAUCCCAAUGAAAUUGAUACAUACGUUAGAUUUGAAUUUCCUUGGCCUCAAGAGGAACCAGUAAAAAAUAAAACUAGUGUUGUGAGAAACACAAAUAAUCCAGAAUAUAAUAUGAUGUUUUGGUUACCUAUACAAAGAAAGGCGAGAGCUUGUCAAAGAGUUUUUAAAAGACACGGUAUCAAAUUUGAAGUGUACUCUAAAGGCUGUUCUGCUAGCAAUAUAUUUGGUUGUUUCAGAGGACUCUUUCGCGGAGAUACCCUUCUUGGUAGUGUGACCGUUAAACUUCAACCUUUAGAAACACAGUGUGAAAUUCACGACAGUUUUGAUUUGUUAGAGGGAAGAAAAAAAGUAGGAGGCAAAUUAGAAAUACGUAUCCGUAUUAGAGAUCCAAUACUUACUAGGGAAGUUGAACAGACAUCAGAACGAUGGCUUAUUAUUGACAGUCUUACAUAGGAUAUGAAAUACAAUUGAAAGUACAGCCAUACUUUCUUUAUUUUUUCAUUACUUCGUCAAUUAACAAAAACAAAUAACCGUUUGCACCAGUGUAAAAUGUACAUAUUGUUAUGUUAUAAGAAAAGUUAUAUAUUAAUUUUUCAGUUACUUGCGUGCUAAAUAGAGUAACAAAAUAUUUAUGUUAUAUUAAAAUUCGCCUGUUGAACUAAAAGAAAAGAGGUAAUAGUUUGUAAUUGUAAAACGACUGCCUUUGUAUUAGGUCUAAUCAUUCCUUAAACAUAAUUUCAAAGUAAGUUGCUGUUUUAAAUAUUUUUUCAUACCUAUUGUAUUUUGUGGUUCGACAUUCUAAAACCACUUCAUUUUUAAUGAGUUUUAUUUUUGUUUUUGUUAUCUUUAAUGAAAUAUUAAAUUUUAUUCCGAGACCGUAAGAUUAUUUAUUAGACUCUAAUCCCAAUUGUCCUUUGUAUAUCAAUUUAUAUUUAAUUUUGUUGUUAACGUUAUGUACUAUAGUUAUUUAAAUGUGAUAAUAAAAUAUGCCUUUUUAAUUAAUUUAUAUGUGCU